AUGUUAUACCGAGUCGGACCUGUUGGUCCGCCAGGACCAUCAGGUCAGAAAGGUGAACCCGGACCGAAGGGUGAUGGUGGUAGUCCUGGAGCUACGGGACCACCUGGAACAGCAGGUCCGCGCGGUUUUAGAGGUGAUUCAGGUCUACCGGGAAUUGGGGGGCUCAAAGGAGAUGCAGGAAGUAAAGGAGAUCGAGGGCUAGAUGGAAGAAGCUGCAUCAAAGGCGAUCAAGGAUCAACUGGAGCAAGAGGUUUACCAGGAGACCCAGGAAAUGCAGGAAAUAAAGGAGAUGUGGGAGUUCCGGGGGCAAGGGGACCACAAGGUGUUCCUGGGCAGAAAGGGAAUCUUGGAAUUCCAGGAACGGUAGGCAUAAAGGGAUCAGAUGGAAUUAAAGGAGAACCCGGGACGAAAGGAAAUAGAGGAUUAUCUGGUGAGAAAGGCGAUCCUGGAAGGGAAGGACCGAUGGGAUCUAAAGGUGAUGUUGGACUUUCAGGUGCUCGUGGAAGGCCUGGAGAUCCUGGACCUAGAGGAGACAGAGGUAAUACAGGGAUUGGCGGAGUGCCUGGGAUAAAAGGUGAGAAAGGCAACUUAGGUUUACACGGGCCUAGGGGACUUCAAGGGGACCCAGGUACGCCUGGGCUUGCAGGCAGGAGAGGAAGAACAGGACAGAACGGAGAAGUUGGAAUGAAAGGUGAUCGAGGGUCACCAGGAUUACUGGCACCAUUAUCAAAUCCUUGCAGCGGCAAAGGCUGCACAUUGCUACUUUCCGUGUGUGAAAGUUUUCUUGGUACCGCUCAUCAUUUUAACAGUCAGUGUGGAACUGCAACCAUCAGAAAGACCCUUACGAACUUGUGCGACUCUCUUGGUUCUACAGCCGAUGUGGAGCUGGUAAGUUGA